CCAACGGCCGUACCGAAAGACAGAACGAUGAAGCUGGUCCAAAUCCACGUCGUGGCCCUGGCUUGCCUCUGUGUGGCAUCCGCGUAUGUGCCAAAGAAGCUCAUUAAGAAGUAUGCCAUGAUGAAGAUGGCCGAGAGCUGCUUCGGCGAGCAGGUGAUGGACUCCUUCAAGGAGGAGAUGUCUGCCGCCUGUGAGAAGUGCAGGGCGGAUGAUCCGGCCGGCCAGCCCGAGCUCAUGGCGCAGUUCGACGCCAUCGUCGGAGCCGGGGAGUCUCGGCGGAAGAGAUCUAGCCACCAUGGCUUCACGCCCGAGAAAUUGCAGAAGAUUCGCGCCAGGAUUUCCAGCAUGAUCGGAAACGUCACCUGCGUCAUGAAGGAGUUGAAAUUUGUGGACGCUGAGAACCAGAUUGAUCUGCCUUCAAUGAAGGAGCGUAUCGCUGACAUGAACCUGACAAAAAGCCUGAGGGAGGACCUGGAGGAGGGACUCGAUAAGUGUAACGACUUUGCCAAAUGCCUGCCCAGCUCGCUGGUCGACCAGUCACCGGUCACUCCCGGAUUCGGCAGGCAGAUGGCCUUCUUCAAGUGUAUUAAGAUGGCCAAGGUGGAGGCCUGCAUGAAACAGGACUUCCGGGAGGAGUACCUGCCGAUGCUGAUGGACGAGGGCCUUGAGAUUGAUGAGGAUGAGGCCUUCCAGACGAUCGCCUUAUCGUUUGUGCAGGGCCGCGGAUACUUCUAGAGGUUUGCAAAGAAACGUCUGAAAGACUCCUCGUGACCAUUUCAGCCGGAGCUGGUUCUGAUAACAUUCAGAGUUGAAACAGACGUUCGACGCACGCUGGGCGUUGUACUUUUGGUGGGGCAUUUUUGAGGCCUUUAGAUCUUAUUCCUUGGUACGGUGUUCUUGGUGAUGUACUGGAGCAUCGGUGCCUUGAAUAAAACAUUUACACAGAA